AUGAUGGCCGGCGGAGCAGUACAGCAAAACGGGAUUUUCUCCAAUCCUCACCAUCACAAUCAACAACCACACAUGGAGUCCGAUCCCCCGGACUCACGUAAAAGACCCCUGGAGACUCCCACGGAGGCCAGCAGCACCAAACGCACAAACACGGGAGGUAAGUGGAGCAGCGAUGGGGAUGCGGGGAGCUGUUCGGGUUCGGGUGAAUGUGGUCUGGGCAGAGAAAGGGGAGCAGGUUGAUCUGAUUCUGAGGACACAGAGACACAGCAGAGACACAGUUUGACGGGGUUUCUGAUCAAAUCACGCAGGAUUAGAAAUAACGGGUGGGGGUUUAUUCCGCUGAUUCGCGACAGUCGUUUUUCUCUCGGCGUUAAAAAGAAACCCGGGCCGCCGCGGCUGAUGGAAGGAAACAAUGAGAGGGGCUGAGGGGGGAUUUGGAGGGGAGCCGCCGGCUCCUCUCGGCACAUCCUGCCUGUUUUCUCCUCCUUAGAUCAGCACAAAUCCGCUCUUUCCUUCUCUCUCUUUAUUUUUAUUGCGUCUUCAGAUUUACGCGCAGCCUUCAGCGGCCAUGCUGGAGCCAAAAUCAGGAUGUAAACAAGUGAAAGCCAGAUCGGGCUGGUGCGUGAUCGCAGGCUCUCAUCCCGACGACGGAUGACCUUGUGAUAAUCUCACACAUCAGCCACCAUCGCCGCUUUGUGUACAAUUACACAAGCGGAUAAACAAGCGGACUCGUUAAUAACAGCAGGCCUGUGGCGAACAGACAGACAGGGGGACAGACAGACAGACAGGGGGACUGAGGGGAAGUGGAGCAGCUCAGAUUGUGUCUCUGUGUUACUGCAGCAUGUCGGUGCCUGGAUAUUUUUGUUCUGCUUUGCUGUUUGAAGAACCUGCAGCUCUGCAGGAAAAGAGGCUCUUUACCAACUAAACUGUCCAAUCAUGUUUCUUCAUUCUUCUCUGGUUGGAUGAAAUAUGGAUCUGUCACCAUGGCAAUCACCAUAUUUGGUUUCUGUUUACAUGCUGUCAUGCGCCAAGCAUGCCCAUCACCCGGCAUUACAACCAUCAGCAGCAGCCUCUCCUGGCCAUGCACCCCAUCAUGGACACCUGGACACACACUACACCUGUAACUGGCUUAUUUACACAGCAGCGUGAGCGUGAGCGUGGGGCGCUCAGGAGAAGCUUCAGGUUUAUAUUCACGCUGAAAUUAAUUCACUGCAGCAGCUGAAAUAUUAGACAGUUAGAGGCGAAGUGCAGACUGUUAAAUCUGACUGUUAGUGUGAAAAUUAAAAUGUAUUUUUAAUUAAAAAAAGACACAAAAAGAAACGUGUUCGUGUGUGAGACUGAACAAGAUUUUAAAAAGCCAAACGUCAAAUCAAAUCAAACAUUAUAUAUUAGAAAAUCUCUUUAAAUGAAGUUUAAAUGCAGCCGUUAUAUUAUUCUAACUGUGUUUGAAUUUGGUUAUUUUUAAAGCGAAUAAAAAUGAGUGUUGCUAAAACGAAUUCCCCUUCAGGCCAGACGAGUCUCUAAAUCAGUGUUUAGACUCCUGUGGGACGUUCAAGUCUCCACUGAGACCCAGCAGAAUAAUUAUAUGUGUUUGAAUGUUUGCACAUUUUUAAACGCCCGAAAAUCUGAGAGCAAAUGAAAAAAUUAAAUCAAUAAAAUCUGCACCGAAAAUCAGAUUUCGCUGCAUGAUUAAUCAGAGAAAUGAAGGUUCUCGGACAUGUCUGAUAUUUAUUCACCCUGCAGGAUCAGUGUUUACAGAUUCAGUGUUCAGUGCUCGCUGUGACCUGCAGAGGUUCAGUCAUUUCUAACAGUCUGUCGCUCCACCUGCACACCCACCACAGAGCGGUCCGACUGACGGGGGGGUUCAGUCAGGCUAACUGCAGCACUCAGGGCUCUAAACUCUCCCCCUGCUGCAUGUAAAAACCCACCGCUCACCCCCAGGGGACCCUCCUCCCCCACCCGUCUGCCUGACCGUCAGUCAGCUCGUCCAUUUAGACAAAUGAAAAGGUUGAGAUGAUGAUGAGGAUGAUGAUGAUGAAGCACACGGCCGAGCCAGCUCUGUACUCAGGCAGGGAGGAUGGUCACCGUGCUGCAGGCCAACAACACCCCCUCAGCCGGCAGCGUCGGGCUGCCGAAGGGACGAGGUUUAGUUAAAAAUGUAGAGGCGCUGGCACACACACACACACACACUUACACACACUCUCUCUGUCUCUCUCUCUCUCUCUCUCUCUCUGCACUACAGCCCCUAAACAUGAGAAACUAAGGUCAGAGUGUGGUUGCAGGUUUUUUUUGUAAAUAUUUUGCACUGAGAGUUAAAAUCAUUUAAACUGUGUUUUUGUUCUCUGAAUCUUUAAUGAUCUUUAUUAUUAUUAUUAUUAUUAUUAUUAUUAUGACAUGAGCAGCUUCAGAUAUUUUCACCUCAUAUUAGCUUUGAUUCUUCUUUUAAUUUGCUAAGAAUAAGAUGCACAGACUGUUGUAACUCCUGGCCGGUCAUGACUUUGCAGGGCCUGAUUUUUUUUUUUACCCAGUUUGCUGUAUAUUUGUCUCUUUAUUGUUUAGAUAUUUUAAGAUGCACUCAGGCUGCAGAGUAUAGAAGUCAAAGUUAAGAGAUCAUAACAAUGGUUGUCUCUCUGUAUGAUUAGUUUACGCCACACACUCCCCACCCCUGUGCUUCCUCUCUCUGUAGUGGCCUUCCUGCAGCCCCUUUUUGAAACUGAAGGCAUUGUAUUCCCUCACCAAGAAACUGAGACUCAUGGUAAGACAGACUUUGAUUUUGAUCUUCUUCCUGUUUUUGUAAUCUUUACUGUAACCUUCUUGAACGCAGGACUGACUCAGCAGUGAGAAAUAAUAAAAUAAAACAACAACAAGAACAACAAUAUACCUCUUUUCUUAAGGCCAAAGUCUGCAGAACAUUAGGGAGGAGUUCUGACAUUUACAUGGGAGUGAAAUGAACAUGUAACACCCUCAUAUCCAGGAUAAUGCAUGCUGAUAGAGAUACUGUUUGUUUCCAGUUCCAUUGACAUCCAUUCUCAUGCUUUUUAUACAAAUUCAGCGUUUCUUUUGUCAUGAUAUCAAACAUCACUGCAGAGACAAGUCCUGCUGACCUUUGACCUCAUGCUAGUCACGCCAUCAAAGCAUUACAGUGUCGUUUAUUAUGACCGCAGCGUUCCUGUGAGUGUGAUGGACGUUUAACCCUUUUCUUCCCCCACAGGUGAAUUAAUCUGGAUUAUUAUUCUGUCGGGUUUUUAAUGACGGGUUUGGAAGUGAGAAUAUUUUUGUUCAUGGAAGCAGAAAUCACAGAAAUGAAGGUGGAGGUUCUGGAUUUGAGGCGGUUUCUGUUUGAGAAGAUCGGGAAAGUCAAACUUUUAUUUUUUACUUUCUGAGUUGAGCUCGGUUAGUGUGCAGGUUUAUGCUGUCUGUGUGUGUGUGUGUGUGUGUGUUUUAUCAGUCGGCCACAUUGGCGUUGUCAGUCAGCAGGUCUGAUUCGACCGGAUCACCGUAACCACGAGGCUCAUAAAUCACAGCUCCGUCCCACAAAAGCGCUGAAGGUCUUAAAGACAGAGAGAUCAAUGAGUGGCUGCUGUUCACGCCCCCCUGCCUCCCCCCCGCCGCCUCCUCGCCGCCCUCUAAUCCCCCUCACCCCAAACCCCAUUUUUCUGGCUGCCCCUCUCCCUGACCCAGCAGGGUUCCCCUCCUGCAUUAAAGGAAUUCAGAUUUCUCUUUAAUCAUGUACAUAUAUGAUCAGAGCGCUUUAAUGAGCCGCUGUUAAUAUUUGAUUUGGUAUCAGGGGUUCAAACUUAGAUCAGUUUCAAAGCCACACUUCACCGUGAUUGGAUAAAUGACCCAAACUCUGCGAGUAAAUUCAUUAUUCAAGGAUUUCAUGUCAGCCAAUCAGGGUCCAGUAUUUUUAGAGGGUGGACUUUUUUCCACCGCUAAAAUCACGAAAAAUUUUUAGAAAAUAAAACACAAAAAAAGUUGAAUAUUUACCAAAUUAAAAACUUAAAUACGACCGAGGCUUCAGGAGAAAGGGGGUCAGUGUCGAGGUCAGAGUUCAAACAGCAACCAGACGUCCAGAUGGUUCGAGGUGUUCGAGAUACCGAGAUUCUUUCUGACAGAGGUGAGCACAGACACUCGUUUAGUUCUGUGAGAAAUUAACUGAAUUAUUCAUCGAUGUAAAAACCUGACAGACCACUUUCCUCCUGCUGCAGCGCAGAGAGUCGGCAAACGCCGAUCUUCAGGAAUGAAGCUGAUGUUGAAAUGCUAAAACCUGCAGAAACACCAGAAACCAGAUCCACAUGUAUUUAAAAAAUCCUGUUUUUAGAACCAAAAUAAGGAGGUUUAAAAUAAAACAGUUUUAGACUGAAUAACUCAGAGUUUCACUAAGUUCCCGGCGUUUCAGUUACCAAGUCGGAAAAAAGCAAAAUCGGAGGCCCGAGAUAAGACUGCGACAUCUACGAAAGUUAUUUUAGCGCUUGUCUUUCCGAAUAUUAGGCAAGCGCUAAAAUAACUAUCAUUGAUGUAGCCGUCUAAUUAUCGAAUAACCAAAAGAUAGUCUCCUGAACUCAGCUUUAGAAAUUAACAGCUGAUGUCACGACAUAGCGUCCAGUUAUCACCAUGGUAACUGUGGUCGCCACGACUCCAGUCCAGUAAAUCAUUAAAUCCAAAAAUAUAAAAACAACUUAAUGAAGGUAGAGCUCCUGUUUUAAAGACUAAAAUUAAUAUAAAAGUUUUCUUAUGACCUAAAACAAAAAUGAGCCGAGUGACGAUUUCUGUGCAGGCUGAAACCACCAGGAGGCGCUGUGUUUCAGGAUGAACUUGAUGCGUUUAUUUUAUUUUGUUUUAUUUUGUUAUGUGUCAAAGAUUUAUAUUCAUGAGACAUUUGUCUGUAAAAAAUGACAGUUUUUUUUUUUAAUCUAUUAAGGAACAAUAGCAAUAUUCACGGGGUGAUUCUGUCCACAAGGGGGCACCAAAGUGGACCCAGACAGAAAGUUUAUGACAGGAGCUUUAAGUAAAAACAGUAACUAAAGAUAAUCAGGUAAACAGACGUGUUCUGAGCUCUGGAUAAACUCUAAAUAAACCACAUUUGUAUGUUUUUGUAACGCCAUACUCGUGAUCGACCGAUCUGACGCGUUUUUAAUAAUUAUGAUAAUAAUUAAAACUUCUGUUCAGACGUCCAAACUUUCUUUACGCCAAGAUUUGACAGAGUAGAAUAAAUUAACAUCAACAAUUAUCUAAUCAAAUGUUCAUGUUUUUGUUUCUCAGUUGUUAUUAUUGUUAAAUUUAAAUAAUUAUUCUCGUUAAAUCGAUCAGGAUCCAGUGAAAGUCUCAGUGAUCUUUAACCGCCUCUCUGACUCAGAGUCAGUCCUUUAGAAAAGAAAUGCAGCUCUCAGGAGAAAAAGAAAAACAGCUUGUAUAAGGUAUGAAGAAAUGUUAUGUAAGCACAAACAAAAUAAAUGAGAUGUUGUUUUUUUAUGUAGGUGGUCAGAAAACGAACAUGUGAGCGAGAAGUUUGCUGACCUGGACUCCGAGAGCUCUGGGCGCUCUCAUUAGGAUUGGUUUGAGGUUUUCUUUUCUCCUCUGCCCGUCUCUCCUCUCCUGUCUGAAAGAUGUAAUACAUUAAUUUAGUAAAUGGACGAACUGGCAGCCAGAGGAGCAGGAGGAGGAGGAGGGGGCGGGGCUUAAAAUGCCCUUGCUAAGUGACAUGAUCAGGAGAGUCUGCCAGAAGAUUUGACGGCGUUUGUUUGUGUCCUUUAUAUUUCUGUCUGACUUCAUCUGUGAACGCCAAGAUGAAGCCUAAUUAGGAAAAUGAAGGCGCACACGUCCAACACACACACAUGCAUACACUCGUGCAUGUGUGUGUGUGUGUUAGUGUGUGUGUGUAUUGAGCCUGGGCUGUAGGGAGGCUUUGAUGCUCAUUGAUCGCAGACUCUCCUGCUCCUCCUGGAGCUGAGCGGAGCAGCUUUUUUGGGUCGUCCACACAAAGAAGAGCGAACCGUCGUCUUCAUCGCAUUGAUUGGCCGUGCGGGCCGAAGAGGAAGAAGCCCUAAAUUUGGCUUUAAACGCACGAAAGAGUGGGCGGAGAGUUUCAGACCUAAAUACGACAAACACGACCACGGCGUGAGCCAGAGCGAGUGGCGUUAGAUCAGAGUUUGAGAAUCGGAGGCGCUGUUUUAUGAUGGAUAACGCUCGUCUCCCCCUUUGGCCUUCCUCCUCCUCCUCCUCCUCCUCCUCGCUGUACAGAACACGGCGUUCUCCUCUGCGACACGCCUGUUUUGUUAAAUGGCGAGCUUGACCGUUUCUGGUCGGCUCCCUCUCCCCUCUUUCCUCCCCGUUCCCUCCAUCUUCCUCCCCUCCUCAUCCAUACUAAUCAUGCUCUCCUUCAGACCAUCACGACUGCACCCUCCUCCUCCUCCUCCUCCCUCCUCUGUCCUCCUUCACCCUCGUCCUCCCAUCAUUUUGUCCUCCACCCACCCCUCCAUCAAUUGCGGGCUGCCAUCGAUGGCGCUCGCUCGGCAACCGUUUCCUAGGCUGUCGAUCGAUUUGCAGUCGCUGUUGGUUGGCAGGACUCUUCCAGCCGGAGCUGCGACUCUCCUCCUCCUCCUCCUCCUCCUCCUCCUCCUCCUCCGCCCUCUCCUCCUCUUCCUCUUUUCCUUUUUUUGAGCCACUGCGUCAAAGUAAAAAAACAGCCAUUGUACAGGGUGGGGUGAAAGGGAUGAGAGGUGGGAAUCUUCCCACAAAGGGAGGCUUACGAUUGGCGGAGCGAGACGCCGCUCACAGCUCGCCGUCCUCUGAUAGGCGAGGAGAGCGGGGCGCCGAUGAAUAUGGAUAAGAAGGCGAUAAAAGGGCCGAUGCAGCGAGGACGACGGGAAGGGCCCCCGCCUCUGAAAUAGCCUUGGUCCGUGAACAAUACACACCGGUUUCAUCACACACUCUCACACACACACACACACUCACACACACACACACACACACACAGUGAGGGGAGAGAGAGGAUCUUUGUUAGCGUAGCCACCAUGUCUGCUUGGUUUUCUACGCAGACGCCCUGAUGAGGAGCGUUUCAGUACGGAGGCUUCUGAUUGGCUCUCUUUAAACCUCCAUUCAAACUCAGUUUCUGUGGCAGGAUGACGUUUUUUUUUUUAAAUUUAUGACAAACAAAUGAACUUAUUUCACCGAUCAGACCGUCAACGUUAUUAAACCGUUAAAUUAAAAAUUAUUUACUCAUCAUGUUUUCAAUUAUUAAUAUUGAUUUGUUGUUUUUUAAUUGAUUGAAUUGAGUGUCACUUAAAUCUUUAUCAGCUUCUUCUAGAAAACAAUGACAGAACACACCCGUCUGUGAUUGGCUGAAGCUAAACUGCGUGGAAAUCAGCUGUAAAGACGUUUCUGUCAUUUCAAACGGCGUUCAGCGUCUGUGUGGAGACGCUGAUGUUGGCGUGCGCACAGGAGUGACCGAUCAAUUAUCAGAUAUCACGUUAAUACGUCUGUGUGACGGAAAGGAAGAAGGAUAGAGAUGUUCGUCUGUCCUCGCCGCCCUCUGUGAACGCUCGCCGUUUCACAGCGUGGACGCCAUCUUCCAGAGCGAAGACAGCUGAUCAGAGCCAUGCUGCUGUAUCAGUGUGUGUGUGUGUGUGUGUGUGUGUGUGUGUGUGUGUGUGUGUGUGUGUGUGUGUGUGUAACCUCCCAACAAAAGAACAGAGGACCAGAGGGGGUGUGUUAGACAAAGCCUCCCCCCCUCACUCUCUCUGCUGAGGGGGAUGAAUAUUUUUCCCCCAGAGGUCACCCCCUCCUCCUCCUCCUCUUCCUCCUCCUCCUCCUCCUCCUCCUCCUCCUCCUCCUCCUCCUCCUCCUCCUCCGUUCUCUCUCCUUAUCUCCAGAUUUUCCUCUUUAAUGUCAGACCAGGAUCUGACGCUCAGAGCGGAUCAGGACUCAGUCUGGACCACUUGGGUUUCUGUGACCCCCUUUAGUUUGUGAGAGACGAGUCCAGAUCCAAACUAACGACUUUUAUUUAAGUUUUUAUAUAUAAAUAUAAAACAAAUUUAUCAGAUGAGCUCCGACUGUUUUUGAAACACCAUAUAACCGUAAAACUUCUAAUAGAGGCCUCCUUCAAUUAAAGGCAGAGUCAUUUUAUUAGCUAAAAGUGUCUGCUAUAAAAAACAGUAAAAAUAAAGUUUAAUAAUUCAGCAUCUGAGCAACAUUUAAUUAAUCUGCCUUUAAUGUUUGUCGUUUGUCAGAAUUAGGAUCAAAAUCAGAAAAACUUUUUUAUCAUAUAAAGUUAAAUUUGCUGCUUUUUUUUUAAUAUUACAGUAAAAAUAUAUCAGAGUUUUACAGAAGGAGAGGUCAGUUAAGGAAAAUACAAAUUAAACAAUUUUUAAUAAAUUUACAGAGAUUAAAUUAUGUAAUAAAGAGACUUUAAUAAACAGUGUAAACCAGGAGGAGUCUGCAGCAUUGAUUAUAGACGACUUUACACACAGGAGAGAGUGUUUUAAUGAGGAUUUAUAGGCUAAUAUGUAAGUUAUUAAUUAAGAGAGAGUGAACUGAAUCUAAGAAAAAAAAGGACCAUAGAGAGAGAGAGAGAGAAGUUUAGACAGAUAACAGGAGAAAAAUCAAAUAAAUGUAAUAAAAGUUUUUAAAGAAAAGUCAAGAAGCUUUAACAGGCCGACACCAAACUAUCUUCUUAUUUCACAAUAAAAGCCUUUCAAAGAUAGAAGACCGUUUUAUUAUGAAAGGAAGUUUUAAAAUCUCAGUUUGAUAACAGAAACAACAGAAGAAUCUAAACUCUGAGUCUGAACCUCUGAUUUCACUCUGCUGAUCUAUGUCACUACAGAUCUAUGUGCAGGGAUUUCUGUGUCUUUGCGUUUUAUUCGGAUUUGUCCGAUCUGUGUUCAGAAAAAAAAAUCAGUGACUGGAUUUAUGAGGAAACUCGACCCUCAGUUUCCUCAACUUUUACGACAAACACGGAGACUUUUCCAGAACUUUGUUUCUGCUCCAGCGAGGAACGCUGAGGUUCGUUCCUCGCUGCGAAGCCUGUGAGGUUAGAGUAACAGGACAGGAGAAGGAUUUGAGAUCCGCAGCCCCCCGCCUCGCCCCUGCAGGCCUGUGGACACCAGAUCCCAGGAUUUGAGCCUCCAAUCCCCCAGCAUGGGGAGCCUAUUCUGGGCCUGGCGGGUCCGCAGGGGCCUUAGCAACAGAUUGGACUGUUUACUCAUCCAGUUAUGUUGUGUUGGAGGAGCAUCUAUUAUUUAUCGUGAACGGCCUCGACAUGUACAAACCCCCCGAUACCAAAUCCCCCUUUGUUGACCCGCAGAGCCGCAAAGACGAACACACACACACACACACACACACACACACACACACAGAUGUGCACACAGUUUGAUGAACCGACCUCGAUUUUCAUGACAAACUUUCUGUGCAGUUUCAGCACUUUUAAAAACACACACUUUAAAAAACACACACACACACACUUUUAAAAACACACACACACUUUUAAAAACAGACACACACUUUUAAAAACAGACACACACUUUUAAAAAAACAGACACACACACACACUCAGACGAGGAAAGAUGCUGGAUUUUAAUUGGAUCAUUCAGACAUGUCGGGGGUUUGUGUCUUCAUACAGGAGUGAAAACAAAGACUCUCAUCACAGAGGAAACCCCGCCGUUUCUCAGCUGCAGACACAUCUUAUAUGCACACACACACACACACACACACACACACACACACACACACACUCUUCCAUAUUGUCGCCCAGAAGCAGAUCAUUUUUUUGUCUUGUGUCGGUGUGUUUGUGUUUGUGUUGUUGUCGGAGCGUUGCGGUUUGAUAAGACGUCAGCGAAGUUGUGACUUGAAUGAGGGGAAAGUUUACAGCCCGUCAUUAACUCGUUUUUUUGUCCUGCUGGGAAAAAUAAACGAGAACACGUCUAUUUAAAGCGAGAGAGUGAGGGAGUGAGGGAGGGAGGCGCGAACACGCUUUCAUACAGACCCUAUAUGAGGCUGCAGCUGGUUUUCAUUCACUGGACCAGCUCAGACCUGCAGGAUCCUUAUAGAGUCCACCUUAUUGGGCGCUAACCUGGAGGUCUUCAGAGGUCUUAAACGCCUCCAUGAGACCCUCAGGGAUCACGCCGAUGUGGACCCCCCCCCCCGGUGAAGAAUUAGAGGAUCACAGAAGACUCAGUCAGGUCACCUGUUGGUUUCUGAGGCAGAGAUAGUCUUGUGUGUGUGUGUGGUCCAGUCUCAGGUGGACACUUGAGGAACUGCAGGGUCUGUUUGGUUUGAGGUCAUGUGACGUGGUGAGAAGGUGGAUAAAGACCACCAGGAGUCUGAGUGAUGGGAGUGAUAGAUGAUCAGGUGAACUUAGAGGUGGGAAUGAAGAACCGGUUCUUGUUGGGAACCGGUUCCAAAUGGUUUAAUCCAACAACAUCGUUGACAUUUCAUUUUAAUGAUUCCCUUAACGACUCCUUUCUCCCUGGUGCUUUGGAAAACGGUCUUGUGAGAGGCAGUCUACGUGAGGGAGAACAGAGACUUUGAGGAAAAAAACAUGGCGGAUGGUACGAAAAGUAGGCAGAAACGAUCUAAACCGGAGUAGCUGUGUCUUCUUUUUGGAGCUCUAGGAUAUGGUCACCUUGAUUUGACUUGAUUCCAAUCACGUAAAUGUUGUACGAAUAGUUUGUCGUUUAAUUAUUUUUAGGCCACAUCUUUUUCUGUUAUCAAAGACUCAAUAAAAUUUUGAGUUAACACUGAAAACCUAAAGUCUACUUUUUUAAAAUCAAAUAACAGCAUUGAUAAGGGAAUCGUUAAAGAACUGAAUUGAUAAGCAGAAUCUUUAAUGGCAACGAUAUCGAUAAAAUCGUUUUAAUGCCCAUCCCUAGGUGAAUAAUAUAACCCCAACCAAAUACCAAAAUAAAAACAGUGCUGCUUAUAAACGGAGCCUCGAGGAGACGAGGUUAAACCCUCCUGACUUUGAGAAAAGCCUCCAGGUUCCUCCUUGUUUGAUUUAACACACGCUGUUCGACACGCCGCCGCUCUCCACGUGAGAUUCAGGUCACCGCUGCGUCGCUCGUCCUCUGAAGACUCCUUCCUGCGUUCUCGGUGACAUCCAAAACAUGAAGAAGUAAUCAGGAACCAUCCGCACACGUGUAACUCGUGGUGUUUUCUCUUGGUCGUCUUUGGACUGGAAGUUUACACGCUCAUCACGCCGUCGGCGCGGAGGAAGCGGCGCACUCGGGGGGGGCUGAGCUGUUGGAUCUUAAAUGAUGCUUCAUAUUCACAAGAGCUGAAAAUAGUCGCGGAGAACAAUGAGUCUGACAUCCUGCUGAGACAUCAGGUUUCUCUCAGCGAAGCAGCAGUCAGCGAUUACAGCAAUAACAACAUUAGAAACAACAGCAAUAAACGCCGAACACUGCCGGCUCUUUACUCACUUCUGACUUCACUGUUUUCUCUCUCAUGGGUUCGAGUUUGAUUCUUCUUCAGCGGUGAAAAUUAGCAUCUUCUGCUGAGUUUCUGCAUGACUCUGAAGGAGGAUCUGAACUUUUUUCAGCAGAAUAAAUUAUUUUGGGUCGAACAGGAACACUCCGCUCCAACACCCACCGCUGUAGGAGUUUUCUCCAUCGCGUUACGAUUCCCCGAGCGGGGGGCGGGGGUGUCUGGUGGGCGAGCCUGACGUGACCUCUGUCAGAUUUCCAGAUUGGUGUUGACACGGAUGGGUCAGACGAGGCUGGCAGAGCCCCGGGCUGCUUAUUAUGCCGGGAUAGAUCAGCGCACAUGAAUAUCACCUGCACCUCUCGGACGUGGGAUGACACGCUGAGGGGAAGCGUGGGUUUAAUUACACAUAAUUAGAAUAUGCGGCUGAGUUAGGUCCAUAAAUGCAGCUUUGGCUUUCCUGUAAGUGUGUGCAGACCCACAGUACCGGCUGUGGGCCGGUUCAGGUUGGAUCAGGAUGACAUUGGUGACUUUCUAACUCUGGGUCCUUCAUGUUAAAGUAGAUUGAGCUGAUAGUGAAGAGAUUUCUAGUUACAGAAACUUGUAGAAUCUGGACCGGAGGGUCUGGGAAGAGUUCUGGUCCAGUUUGUGGUCUGAGAGUGAGCAGUCCUGGAUGAGCAGGUCUUUAUAAACAGGAUGUGUGGAGAGCAACAGCAGGCAGAACACACAGAAGUGACAUCCUGUAACACAAAUACCUGCAUACAGGGGCGUAUCCAGACUUUAUCCACCAGGGGGGCCCAACUGGGGGGGCUGAUUUAUGCUUAGUUGGCAGGUAUUAGAGCACACACUAAUGAGUAUACUGUAUUUAUUAUGUAGGCGUCGACUAAAACCUGAUCCUGAUCUGAAAUUUUAACCGAGGAACAAACCUGCUGCAGAAGCCAAUCAGCUGUUAGAUUUCCCGACUUCCCAGAAUGCCUCAGGAAAGUUAGAUCUAACUUUCCAGUUUUAUCAUAUUUGUAAAAUAUUAUUUCUUCAUGUUCUUACCACUAAAUUAAUCUGAAGUGAAGCAGCUGUGUGUCUGCGGUUAGAGAAAGAUGAUUGGAUGUUACUCCAACGAGGUUACGAUCAACAUUUCCGGUCAGCUGUUAAUCAUAGACGAUAAUUUCUCAGGGUUAUGAGAUUCAAAAUAGCUUCAAACACGGUAGAAGACUGACCGUCUUAACUUUAUUAAGCUUAUCCCAGAAUUUGUCAAAUUUAGACUUAAAGCUCCAGUGAGGAUCUUUGGUCUCUGUAGAUUCUGGCGCCCCCUGUGGUCAAAGUGACACAGUAUUUGUCCCAUUAUCCAAGUUUCUGUUUCCAGUGACUCGUAUCCUUCACUGAGGUUUAAAAAAGUUUGUUUUAGCAGAGUUUAUUCAUCAGGUGACUCCUCCCCCGACAUUCAAAAUAAUUAUUAAAAAAAUCAGUAUAAUUCCUGAAGAUCAUGUUUGAUUUUAAAGUCUCACACAGAACCAUCAGAACCAUUUCUUAUCACCACCACCUCAGAACUCGCCGUGGUAGCUUUAAACCUCGAAGGAAAACUCGACAGAGAGUUUCUGUCCAUUCUUAAAAAUGUGCGUUUUCUGUCAUUUGACUCCUGUACCUCUGAAGGGUCAGUCCUUCUGUUUCAGUUUGGAUUUUAACUCUUUUUUUCAUAUUAAAGAAGUAAAAAUCACCUGUUUUUCCCAGACUGCUCUUUAAAACACGUGAAAAUAUGGAGUUUUAACGACACGAAGCUUUUUAAUGUCUGACACUGAGGGCUUUUACUCUGAAAUCAGACAGACUCUGCAGAGAGCUGCAUCUCUGUUACAGCGUUACUGUUACAUGCUGGAGGCUUUUUAAAAGGUGCUGAUAGACCUGAUAAAACCAGAGGAAUGCUGGGAAAUCUCUGCUGUAAACAGAGCGGUUCAGCAUGGUGCAGUGUGGGAGGAAGAGGCAGAAAGUGCAGCGCAGAAAUAUUUUUUUUCUACUUAGUUUAUAUUUAUGAAAAUUGAGUCAUGGCACUUCUCCGAGCGACUGAAGGCCGAUUUUCUAAAGUGUAAUUCAGUCCGUUAUAAAACCGCAGAGAGCGAGUGGACGUCUGCGGGCCGUUCGACCACAGAGAGAGAGAGAGAGAAAGAGAGAGAGGAUGUGAACGAUGUGAGGAAGAAGAAGAAGAAGAAGAUGCUUUUUUAUAAAUUUAUUCCGAUCUGAACUCUGAGAAAAUCAAACAUCGGGAUCAGAGAGACGCUCAGUCUGUUUUUCGGACAUCGCCUUCCGGAUAUGUGGGGAUACGUUUUUGAGCUCGCCAUGGUAACGAGUUCACGUGUUCCCAUGCAACAGUUACAAGUGAUGAACAUGAGUCACUCAUUACAUCCUGGUCUGUACAUGAUGAGUCAUGUUACAGAGGUGUGUAGGCUUGUUUAUGAGGCGGCGGAAAUAGGCUGAGUGUGUGUGUGUGUGUGGAAGAGGUGUUUGUGAGAGUGUGUGUGUGUGUCUGAGAGUGUGUGUGUGUGUGUCUGUCCUCUCUUUUGUUUUUGUGAGUGAGUGUGUGUGUGUGUGGGGUGUGCUGGGGGGCGGGUGUGUGUUUCAUAUUUACCAAUUCCCCAGCCUUAUUAAUACAGGCUGGUUAUAAUUAGCUAGCCUCUAUCUAAAGCAGGUCAGUCCAAGGCUUCAGACUCAAAGUGGGUCACUGCAGAACACGAGGAGAGGAGAGGAGGAGGAGAGGAGGAGAGAAGGAGAGGAGAGGUGGAGGAGAGAAGGAGAGGAGGAUGGACAGUGUUUGAGUUUAACGAUCUUUGAUUAAUGAUCAGAAAAACUUGAUAUCAGCCCGUAAACGGUACGUCAUUGUUUUGACUCUGCAGCUGAUGAGCGGUCGCCUCGUUCGCCAGCUCGCCUCAGGUUGUGAUGAUUCGGCUGCUGCUGCUAAAGUGAAAAUAUGGAGAUGGAGAAAGUUUCCAGCAGAGCGAGCUACCCCUGAAGUUUCAGAAGUGAAAGUUUUGAUUUGAUUAUGUCUUUUUCACAAACUUGAAUCCAGAUGUUUGAGCUGUGCAGUUUUCUUUAAAUCGAUGAAACCGACCCUGUAAUAACGGGUAUUGAUUUCAUGGUGUGCCAUUGUUUGUUUUAUUUCCAUGAUUAUGACUUUAAGAACCACUUCCAGGACUACAGGAGUCCUCGAAUGCCCCGCAAAGUGAGGCAGGCGCCAGUUACGACUGGAAGCAGUUUUUAUUAAAACAGGAACUAUUUCAACUUUUUUAUAAAGUUUGUGAAAAAGACACGAUGAAGAGAAACUUCUCUAAAAUCCACUCCUGUCGUGAGACCGACAGCUUUCAGAGGAUAAACUUUGUGCAGUUUUUUUCUUCCCCACAGAGAAAAUCAGAAUAAUUUCAGAAUCGCUGCAGAUUAAAGCUGCUGUCAGUAAUUUUUCUGAGAACUUCUGAAUCCAAACUGUUGUUGUUUUUUGAUAUUCAAAAUCAAACAAGACUGUCUGCAACAAGAUGGUGGAUUUUUACAGCUGAAAUUAUAAUGCCCUGAUUGGACAGUUUCCAUCGUCAACAGGGGGCGCUAAAACUGACACAAACCUGAAGUUCCUCUCAGGGCUUUAAAAAUAUAUAAUCUGUGAUGAUUAAUGAAUGAAUUUAAGUGAAAUUGUCUAAUUUAUGAUCUCAAAUUUUUAUAUUUUAUAUUUUUUUAUUUCUUAUUAAAUGAAAUAAAUAUAAAAAUAAUAUCUGUGCGCUGAAACUCUAAAGACAUCACAUUUACGUGACCUUUAACCUCCUUCAAAAACAUUCAGACUCUUAUUCUGACAUGAAGCUGAUCCUGUUAGAUCAGGUGGAUCAGGAUCAGGUGGAUCAGGAUCAGGUGGAUCAGGAUCAGCGGACCUUUAAGGACUCUGUUGAAGUUUUUUGAUCAGACUGACGUCCUUGUAGAUCAGUACGGUGGUGCAGGGUUAGAGCGGUUUCCUCGCUGUCAGAAGGUUCCUGGUUCAAAUCCUCCAUUAUUCCCUCCAGGAGCUCCGUCCUCCACAGUCCAGAGGCGUUCUGGUCCGGUUAAGUGGUCUCUGUGAACCGGCUGCAGGUCUGUUAGUGUCAGGAUCUGUCCAGGGUUCACUCCGUCCUCCCGCAGACCUUAAUGGGAUAAUAAGCAGUAGAUAUAACGGACAGAUGAUAUCUGAGCAGCAGAUCAUGUUCGUGUCCAGAGAGACUUCCUUUAACCAGACUGAGGUUUGAUCAGAAGAUGUUCACCUUUAGAGGAUCUCCAGAUGUUUCUGAGAAUGAGCAAAGUGAGGGUUAGGAGGAGGAGGAGAACAUGGAGGUGUUUUAGAAAAGCUGAAGUUGGACUUCAAUCCAAAACAAACUCAGGAGAUCCUCAGGAAGAGGAGUUUUAGCGAGGCAGAGCAGACCUUUGGCCCAUGAGGAGGUUUAGACGGAGGUUAUCUGCGUCUGUCUCUCCUCCUCUUCCUCAUCUGAACUCCUGCAGUUUGUGUUUCAUCACUCCGAGCCGAGGAAGGGCCGGGAGUGUCGGGUUUCCUGUGUGUGAGCUCAGGCUUUGACUUGGCUGAACACUCCGAGAUGAGAACAGAGUUUUUCACACUGAGAACAAUGCAGCGUUACCACGACGAUCACUCCACAAACACAGCGCCGGAUGAAUGUUUGGAGGGAGAAACCAGGAGUUCCCUUAGACAAGGUCUGCAGUGUUUCAAGGAAAUCACACCCACGCACUGAAGCGAUAAGAUCGAUGAUACGGAGAAAGUCCAGCAGGGAUUCGGAUCGGGAACUUUGUUGGAGGAGGACAAAUUUAUCUUUUCGCAGCGCUGGUGUAAACACAGUUGCAUCUUUGACUCUCAGAUUUGGCACUUUAGACAAAAGUGUUAAUGAAGUGAUUUAUUUCUGUCGGGUCGCAGCAUGGGGAAUCUUCUCCGUCUGUAUCCGUCCAACAUGACGUCGUCUAGUUGGAGUUAGCUCCCCAGAGUCCGGUCUGUGCACGCCCACACAGUGUUUAGAAAAGGUCCAGAUAAGUGAAAACACUUGUUUUUCUGUGAGUCCUCGCAGUCUUCAGCUCCAGAGAGAGACUCAGGAGAUUAUUCUCUGAUAAAAAUAUGAAAUUAUCUCGUGUUUGAAGGCCACUGUUGGUCACGGAUGUUACAGCAGCCUCCCUGUAGGGUUCGUUCUGCUUCUUCGUCUUUGUUUGAAAGACGGAGUGGAUCAGGGUUUGGAAAAGUUAGCAGCUUACACAGAAUUAGGGGGCAGCUGUGGUUUAGCGGUCCCGUGGGUUGUUGCACAGUUGUUGGGUUGGUGGUCCAAACCCAGAAGCCAAAGCCUGCAUGACAAAGAGUAUUUGGGUGAAACGCUGAACGCCAAAUUUCUCCUGGUGGCGUGGUUAGAAGUGUGAAUGUGUGUGAACGGGGUUAGUCAUGUUGAUGGGCGUUUAACGAAGCUUCCUCAGCUGAUCGAGUGUGAAAAGUGAUGAAACGGUAUUUAGAAGUAGGGCUGGACGAUAAACCCAAAAUUUACAGAUACAGAAAUUUACGACAAUAACCAACGUCAAUUUGCCCAUAUCGGUAUAUUCUGGGGGGGUCGAUUCACAUAAGUAUCGCGAUUUUUUGUUUUACAAUUUUUAAAUCAAUUUCUUAGUUCAAAAAUCGUUUUUUUGAUUUUUUUAAUUUUAGAAUAAAUCUUUAUAAACUGACUUACAUGUGAUGUGUGUUUUUAGGGGAAAAAUGGUUCCUGUAAUAGUCAGUAGAUUAUUAUAAUCAUUCAACUGUUUCACUGGAGUUAAAAAUGCAGAUUAAAAAUCCAGAAAAUCGACAGUAUCAGAGAAUCGCAGUUUAAAUCAAAUCGAGAUUUAAAAUAUCGUAGAAGAAUCGAAUCAGAAGAAAAGCAUAUCGUCCCAGCCCCAAAAAAUAAAUACAGUAUUUUUCACACCUGAUUAUAAAGCGCACCAUCAAUGAACGCGUCUAUUUUCAUACAUGAAGCGCACCGGAUUAUAUUAUUAACUCUUUCAAUAACUCCACGAGGCUACGGUAGCUGCAGCGCUCCAACGAGCCGAAAGGAUUUUAAGUGCGCCUUAUAGUGCGAAAAAUACGGUAUUUAUUUUUUGAGACAGGUGAGGAGAUGGAGGACGGUUCAAAAGUUGGAGCGGCUGAAGUAGACAAAGUUAAUGUGGGAGGGGGUGAGCAGCUUGUGGAGUAGUUAUUGAGGUGAACUGAUCAAUAUAUCGUGAUAUUGAUUUGAGGACAUAUCGCUCAGCCCUACCUGAGAGAUCAUCGUGGUGUUUGUUAACUUCACGCAGACUUUGAAUCGACUUCAUUCACCUCUGUUGGAGGUUUCAGGUCCGAUCAGCAUCAGUUCCUAAAGACUGUGCGCUCGUGUUUGUUUGAUACUCUGUGUUUAGAAGACUCUUUGAUCAUCCUCAGAGCAGCGCCGUGUGAUCGUUUUCACCUUCAGAGCUCGCCGUUCGUACCCGUGUGUGUUUUACAGAGGAGUGUCUGCAGCUGUUGGUGUCAGACGGAGAACAGCGGUGUUAUGAGGGGCCUCGCCCUCGUGAGAAAGUGUGCCCCUGUAAUAAUAAUCCUAUUUUAAUCUGCCUCCUGAGGUUACGUGUCCUGGAUUAUCAAAGAUGAAGAAAGCUGCCGGGGAGGGAAGCUGAGACUCGCUGAAUCUCUUUAAAGAGACCAAACGCUGCAGCAGGACGAUUAAAGAGAUUUUCAAUAUUAGAUUCAUAAAGUAACGGAGCAGAGAGUCUGUGUACAACUUUAUAAAAGAAAACAUUAUUAACCCUUUAAGAUGAAUGAAUGAAUGAGGACGUUUGUCUGAGAGGAAGAGCGUGUUUUUGAGGACGUGAUGAUGCGAUAAAUUCAGGGUUUAAAUUCUGGUUUUGUUCAAGAUUAAAGGUUUUAAACAUAAAAAAUAAAUUAUUCUUCUGUCUUUGGUUUAAAAUGGUCAAGACUGAAAUAUUAAGUUUUAUAAAUCAUCUUAAAAGAAGACAAUAAUGAUAAAAGGACCAGACUUAGAGCUGUGAGAAUCACUGAAAAUGUCAGAAAUCGAUCAUUUGUCGAGUUUUGACAGGACACUCGAGUUUCACACUUAAUCUGAGUUUAUUCGAACCUCUGACUCCACACCUGGACCUUCCUCAGGGUUUCUGCAGGGUCUUAAAAAGUCUUAAAACCUCUAAAAUCCAAUUAUUUGAAUUUAAGGCCUUAAAAUGUCUAAAAUUCUCUUAAAACUUCCUAAAAAGUCUUAAAUACAAAUUUGAAAGGUCUUAAAAAUGUGUUGCUGUUACUUAGAAAUGAAGUUUAAAUUGUUCUCAUUUCUCUUCAUGUCUUUUGUCCUUUUUUGCCAGUUUGGAUAUAAAAUGUUUUUUAAAAAGUCUUAAAUUUGACUUUUCUUCAAACCUGCAGACGCUCCGCCUCCUUCCUGCACGUCAGUUUCUCCCUAAAACAGAGACAGAAGAAAACUACGGUAGCCCGUGAGGCUCAGUCAGUUUCCUCGCUCUCCUGCCACGUUGUUAAAAGAGCAGCGAACUACAAGCGUAAAGGUCGCAGGUUCAGCGGCGCCUUGCUUCAGGUCGGCGUGCGGCGGCGAGCAGCACCUGAACGUGUCCCGGCUCUGAACGAACACAAAACGAACGUGUCCUGACCUUUCCGGUCGCCUCCCUCGUGGUCGCAGCUCGUCUUUUCUCACAACAACUGAGGCUCAAAAACGCUGCAGCUGUUUGAUCCCGACUCUGAAGAGAGUUUGGAAAAUUACAAAAAUGAUAAAAAUGAUAAAAACACGACAAAACAAAACUUUAAAGUCUGAGGAAACACACCCGGAGCUGAGGCCGGGUUAAUGAAGAGGAGGUUUUACUCAGAUCCUCCACAGUCCUUCACUUCAGGACUCCUAAAGUCUCUGAACCUGGAGGUCUGUGAGGAUCUGCAGAGUUUUCACCUGAUGAAGCUUCAAACGAAUUACCAAGAGAUUGUAAGACUUACAGUUCAGUUUUCAGUUGGAGACGCACAGAUCCAGUUUUUUUUAUAUUGAUAUCUGAUAUUGAUACCCGGGCUGAGAGUCUCCGCCGAUAUCUGAUCCUGAUCCAAUACUGUUGUUGAAUGAAUAAACUGUUUACCUGUGAGUGAAGGCAUCAGGCUUGACAAUGAAAAAAGGAAACAAAUUAACACAGAAAUAAAUUUACUUCAUAUUAUUUAUUCACAAAUAACAAAUGUCACAUCAGCACAGAGCAAAAAGAAGUCAGACUUCCUUAUAAACAUUUAGAGUGAAAGGAGAGACAGACGGAGAAUAUGGAGCCAACAGAAUCGCUGUGUUUCUGUUUAUGAUAUUAAUGAAAAGAAAAAAAGACUGGAACGGAUCGCUGGAUCGGCAUCAUUCAUCAGAUAUCUGAUCAAGUUCAUUUGUCAAUAUCGGAGCCAAUGUCUGAUCCAAAUAUCGGAUCAGUACAUCCCAAUGUAAAUAAAAAAAUUACCUUCAAGAAUGAAAAAAAAAUCAUGAAAAUUAAAUAUUUUACAUUAAGACAUCUUAAAAUGAGAUAAAUUUAGGUCAAUUUUAACGUUUCAUAAGAUUUAAUUUUUUAUA